CCUGUAAGGGUUUUAAGGGGGAGGACAGGGAUUAGCAGGGCGAUUAAAUGUUUCCACUUCAACUACUUUACGUUCUGAUGGGAGAGACCUGAAAACCUUGCAGCAUGGGCAAUGCAGCCAUGUGUAAGGUGUGCGGCUCGGACACGGGGCUCAGGACCGUCUGGAUCCAGUCUGACCGGGACCAGAAUGCCUUGCCAGAAUACUACUGCAUGGAGCAUUUCCCCGCAGAGCCUCUGCUGAUGCUGUCGGACAGUAACACCAGUUUCCUGCGAGCGGCGAGGGCAGGAAAUGUGGACAAGGUUUUGGAAUUUCUGAAAGGGGGCGUGGAGAUCAGUACCUGCAACCAGAACGGUCUGAACGCGCUGCACCUGGCGGCCAAGGAGGGCCACGUGGACCUGGUCCAGGAGCUGCUGGACCGGGGAGCAGCCGUGGACUCAGCCACCAAGAAAGGAAACACAGCACUUCACAUCUCCUCACUGGCUGGCCAGGCUGAAGUCGUGAAGAUCCUGGUCAAACGAGGAGCUGACAUCAACUCGCAGUCUCAGAAUGGGUUCACUCCUCUGUACAUGGCAGCCCAGGAGAAUCACCUGGACGUGGUGCGGUACCUGCUGGAGAAUGGAGGCAAUCAAAGCACCGCUACAGAGGACGGCUUCACCCCGCUGGCCAUCGCCCUGCAGCAGGGCCACAACCAGGUGGUCUCCGUCCUACUGGAGAACGACACCAAGGGCAAAGUUCGCCUGCCCGCCCUGCACAUCGCCGCCCGCAAGGACGACACCAAAUCGGCCGCCCUGCUCCUCCAGAACGAUCACAACGCUGAUGUCCAGUCCAAGAUGAUGGUUAAUAGGACUACUGAGAGCGGGUUCACGCCCCUUCACAUCGCCGCCCACUACGGGAACGUCAACGUGGCCACGCUGCUGCUGAACCGAGGAGCCGCCGUAGACUUCACGGCCAGGAACGGGAUCACACCUCUACACGUGGCCUCCAAGCGUGGAAACACCAACAUGGUUCGCCUGUUACUGGACCGCGGCUCUCAGAUCGAUGCUAAAACUCGGGACGGGCUGACUCCCCUCCACUGCGCGGCCCGGAGUGGACACGAGACGGCCGUGGAGCUUCUGCUGGAGAGAGGAGCGCCGCUGCUGGCCAGAACCAAGAACGGGCUGUCUCCUCUUCACAUGGCAGCACAAGGAGACCACGUGGACUGCGUCAAACAUCUCCUGCAACACAAGGCCCCCGUUGACGAUGUCACGUUGGACUACUUGACGGCGUUGCAUGUGGCGGCUCACUGUGGUCACUACCGAGUCACCAAACUGCUGCUGGACAAGAGGGCCAAUCCUAACGCCAGGGCGUUGAACGGCUUCACACCCCUGCACAUAGCCUGUAAGAAGAACCGAGUAAAAGUGAUGGAGCUGCUGGUCAAAUAUGGAGCCUCCAUCCAGGCCAUUACAGAGUCCGGCCUGACUCCCAUCCACGUGGCGGCCUUCAUGGGUCACCUGAACAUCGUCCUCCUCCUGCUGCAGAACGGAGCCUCGCCUGACGUCAGCAACAUCCGAGGGGAAACAGCGUUACACAUGGCCGCCAGGGCCGGUCAGGUGGAGGUGGUCCGGUGUCUUCUGAGGAACGGAGCCAUCGUUGACGCUCGGGCCCGGGAGGACCAGACUCCCCUCCACAUUGCCUCCCGCCUGGGGAAAACGGAGAUCGUGCAGCUGCUGCUGCAGCACAUGGCCCAUCCUGACGCCGCCACCACCAACGGCUACACACCCCUCCACAUCUCUGCCAGGGAGGGGCAGCUGGAGACCACCUCAGUCCUGCUGGAGGCGGGAGCUUCACACUCGCUGGCCACUAAGAAAGGUUUCACUCCGCUGCAUGUGGCCGCCAAGUACGGAAGCCUGGAAGUGGCCAAGCUGCUGCUGCAGCGGCGCGCUCCUCCGGAUUCUGCUGGGAAGAACGGCCUCACCCCCCUCCACGUCGCAGCACAUUACGAUAACCAGAAGGUGGCGCUGCUGCUGUUGGACAAAGGGGCGUCGCCCCACACCAUGGCCAAGAACGGCUACACUCCUCUGCACAUUGCCGCCAAGAAGAACCAGAUGGAUAUUGCCACGGUGCUGCUGCAGUGCGACGCUGAGACCGACAUCCUGACCAAGCAGGGCGUCACUCCGCUCCACCUGGCCGCCCAGGAGGGAAACACCGACAUGGCCGCCCUGCUGAUCAGCAAAGGAGCUCAGAUCAACGUUCCCACCAAGAGUGGCCUGACUGCCCUCCAUCUGGCAGCUCAGGAAGACAAAGUAGCUGUUGCAGAAAUCCUUGCCAAGAACGGAGCAAACCUCGACCAGCAGACCAAACUGGGCUACACCCCUCUGAUCGUAGCCUGCCACUACGGAAAUGCCAAGAUGGUCAACUUCUUACUUCAAAACGGAGCUGGUGUCAACGCCAAAACCAAGAAUGGAUACACUCCCCUCCACCAAGCAGCCCAGCAGGGAAACACACACAUCAUUAAUGUUCUGCUGCAGUACGGAGCUAAACCCAACGCCAUGACGGUGAAUGGUAACACUGCCCUGGGCAUUGCCCGGAGGCUGGGAUACAUAUCUGUGGUGGACACGCUGAGGGUCGUCACCGAGGAGAUCAUCACCACCACCACGACGGUGACGGAGAAACACAAGCUGAACGUGCCGGAGACCAUGACUGAAGUGCUAGACGUCUCGGAUGAAGAAGCAGCGAGAGCCGUGCAGGCUGAUGUUCUGUCAGAUGACAUCACGGACGAGGAAGGUGACGACACAAUGACAGGCGAUGGAGGGGAGUACCUGAGGGCCGAAGACCUCCGGGAGCUGGGAGACGACUCCCUGCCAGGACAGUAUCUGGACGGGAUGAACUACCUUCGAUUCAGCCUGGAGGGGCGGUCGGUGGCAUGCUAUAAGAGAGCAGCCGAGGCAAUAAUGGAAAGCCCAAACGCAUAUGACCCGGGCAUGGGCUGGGAGAAAACAGACGAAGAGGUACUGGAACCCAUAUGGACAAUGGGACCCAUCCUCCCUCCUACUCUUGUCGAGUUACUGGCUCAAAGAGCUGAGGUGGAAGAGCAGGCGGCUCUUGACAUGGGAGCCGAUGCUGUCAACAACAACAUAUCUGGUGAUGAAGAGGACAACGAGUAUAAGAAUGAUGAAAACUUAGAAAUGAAAGAAAUAGAGAUAGAAGAUCUCCUCACUGGGACGUGCGGGGAAAGAGCGACACACUGUCCUCUACAUGAAGAGACGGAGACGUCAGGCCUGAAAUCUGAGCUGAUUCGAGAACCAGAUCUUCUUUCCGACGUGUCAGAGAUGAAACAAGAUUUGAUCAAAAUGACUGCCAUUUUGACGGCAGACUCAAGAGAGAAAUCCCCUCCCAUCGGAGGGUGUGCUCUAGAGAAAGGGACUGAGGAUGUUUCUGGAGAACCAUUAGAAAUAAUGGAAAAAGACUUAGAGAAAGUCAAAGAGGACUUAGAGAAAGUCAGUGAGAUACUGAGGAGUGGAACCUAUCAGGGUGAGGUGGGAGAGGAGGCAGCGAACACACCAACAAUUGCCGAGGACUGGGUUCUCCUUUCUGAUAGUGAGGUAGAAGACGCCAAGACAAUGGCAUCCUUAGAAGUUCAAGAGCCAGUUUUACGUGAAAGCAGAACUAACAGGGGAGUGCCCAGACCUAAAGCCAUAAAAGGCAGUGGUGACCUUAAAGAGUACCUCCUGGACGCACCAGUAAGCUCCAAAGUAAAGACUAAAAAAGAGACAGGUGUACAAGAAAAAUUCACUGAUGUCGUUCUACGCAAAAGUGGAAAACCAACCACUCCAACUAAAGUUCAUGAGAGAACGACUACUGGUGAUGUUAAAAAGCCAGUGAGAAGGAAGGGGAAAGACCAGGGGAAGGCUGAGGAAACCACAGAAACAUGCGCUUCUUUAACUGUGCCUACUACUGAGAAAGCCUCACCGGUGUCCCCUGUAAUUGAAGAAACGCCCAUUGGAUCAAUAAAGGACAAAGUAAAAGCCUUACAACAAAAAGUAGAAGCAGAGCAAAAGUCCAAAAAGGUCACUGGAAGCAAGCCUUCACAUUUGCCCGUAAUGAGCAAACCCUCUCCAAAAGCCAAAGAAAGCCCUAAAUCCAAACCACCACCACCCCCUAAACCCCAUAAAGCUGAAUCUGAAAAACUUGAGGAGACUGUGUCAGUAAAGGAGCUGAUGCAAGCAUUCCAGAGUGGGCAGGACCCCUCAAAGAGAAAGUCUGGGUUAUUUGAGCUCAAAACAGCCUCUACAUCACAGAAAACCACAAAAACUGAAACUGUCCACUCCAAAACUGUGACCAAAGUAACCUCAGUUGUCGCGCAAGAAAAAGAAGUAUCACUGGACUCCAUGCCAUCGGAGAAGUCAGCUGCUGUCCACUGGCAGCUAACUGAAACUGCCGACUUUGGAAACGGUGGCCUUGACGACAGCUCUGACAGCUUUAAACAUGAAGCUGUGGCAGACUCACUAAGCGCCAGUUCUGGAGAUGGAACCCCUCACCUGAGCUCAGAGGAAAGUUGCAAACAUGAAGGUCUGGCAACUCCAGGCACAAGCCCUGAAAGUUUGACUGGACCACAGAAGUCUACAGAUUCAGCAUCAGUUGCCAGAAAAGUUAAAAAAGACAUUAAAGAUGCAGAGGUGUCUGGGGACUCUGUUGUAGGUCCCACUGGUGAGCAACUGACUACAGAACUGACCCUUCCUGUCUCUUCCAGCGAUGCAGCAGAUGACCACGCAACAAGUGAGUCCAUAUCUGUUAGGAGUGGGUCUAUGCAAUCUAAACCUCCGAAACUUACAAAAAGAGUUUCAGAGACUGUAGAAACAUUUCUUAGCGAUGACGAUAGCCCUGAUCGUCCAUUAGCAUUGUCAUUAGUUGGUUCUCCAGCCUCUAGAUCCCCAUCUCAGCACCGUGAAAGCUUAGACCUUACUUUGAAACAAGAAGCAGAUGCUCUCAGUCCAUUAGCUGAUGACUCUUUGACAAUAAGCCACAGAGACUCUCUAGAAGGUAGUCCUCUAAUGGAAGAGAAUUCUUCCCAUAAGUCCCCAGACUCUAUUGAACCCAGUCCAACCAAAGAAUCCCCCCCUCAUGACUCCCUAGAGAGCAGCCCUGUAGAGCAAAUAAGCCACCCAUCCUUCCCAUCCAUAUUCCAUCCACCGAGUAAACCCUCUAGUCAUCCAGAACCCACCAAAGCUGCUGAAUUCCCCCAAGACGCAUUGCGCGGUAGGCUGCUUCGAGACCACGAGGGUAGCGCUGAUGAUGACAGUUGCGAGCAGACAUCUCAGAUCACGAGUUCCGGUAAGAGUCCCCUUUCCCCUGAAACUCCUAGUUCUGAAGAGGUAAGUUAUGAGGUUAACCCCAAACUCCCAGACAAUGCAUUCCUCUCUGUUCCAUCCGAACCAUCUGUCAUCCCCGAAGACCCAGAAGAAGAGGAUACAGCAGACAGCUAUGAAGCUAAGAGAAAGAUCACUCCAGAGGAGGAGAUGUUUAAAAUGGCAGCCAAAAUCAAAACAUUUGAUGAAAUGGAACAAGACGCAAAGAGAAUAAAGAACUCUAGAAAAGAUUUGGUUCUCUCAUCUGAUCUCAAAAUAGGGGAUGACAGCUGUGAAAACUUAGAGCCCACCAGUGAGAAGCUUUUGCAAAGUGAAUGUGGGCUGAGUAGACCCACUGAGGAUUCAAAAUUAGCUUUUUUCAUUGAUCCCGGUAUUAAAGUACAACCUCCCUCUCGUUUUUCAGCAGGUUUGCAUGAUGGACCCCACAUCAAAGAGGCCACAACUUCAGCCACUUUCACUUCAGAGGGGCCUCACUCUGUCUCAGAACAGCUUCCCUCAAAGCUCCCACUGGAAACUGGAGAAAGCAGCCCAUCAUCCGUCGUUAGCACCGAAAUAACACCAACAACGGACGCUGAAAAUAGGACUGAUGAACAAAAGGAGGAGAGCUUAAGGAAGUCGAAAGAAAAUAAAGGAGAUGAUGAGGAUGGUGAAAUGUUGGCCGUUAGUGGGGGACAGGCGGGUAGUCAAAAACCAUCUAGCAAUGUAACAGAUGAAGUGAAAGGAGAUCAACGUGCCGGUUCAGGAGCACCAGAUACGGAACUGAGUGCAUCUGUUGCGACAGGUCAAACAACACUGGAGAUUUGUAUCAAUGAUGGAGAUGGAGAAGAUGGGGCACUGGAUCUCCCAAAAACGGAAUCAAAAGGCGUCACUGCAAGGGUGGACAGUGACUCCUGGUCUGCAAUGCGAGAGGAUGAUGCCACUUUUGCAGCUCGUGUAAAAGAGGAAGAACAAAAGAUCCUGAAUCUGGCAGUUGACCGUCAGUCUCUGCAAGCAACUCCAGACACCACACCUGGUAGAACACCAACAGAAGAAGGCACUCCUACUAGUGAACCAAAUCCUUUUCUCUUCCAAGAAGGAAAGCUAUUUGAGAUGACCCGAAGUGGUGCUAUUGAUAUGACUAAGAGAAGCUAUGAGGAAGAAGGGGGUGGUUUUGCCUUUUUCCAAAUAGGAGAACAACCUUUAGAAGAGCCUGUCUUGGAAGAGCCCAUGCAAGAAGGUAGAUCAGCAGCAGAUCCUGAAGUUGGCCUCAAUCUAACCCUCGAGGUCAAGACUGAGGAAGAUGAGGUACCAAAAGAGACUCUUGAAUCACAUUCUCACUCCCCGCCUGAAAGGGAUCAGCCAAGCUCUAAAGACGAUGCGUCCAAAUCUAAAAUCCCUAAAAUGGGCAUUGCAGCUUCAACCAAACCCAUGAAUAAAGAUCAGGCACCGCCUGAACUUCUAGAGAGUAAAGCGGACCAGAGUAAAAAUGAAGGAUCCAUAUAUUUAGACACAAGUUGCUCUGAACAAAUUAUAACAAAUGUACAGACUGCAGAAACCACUAUCACUAGAUCAGUUUACUCAGAGCAGGGGCAGGAAUCCUCAGACUCCUCCCCGGAAGAGGCACAGUUAGUCAUAGAAACCCCCAAAACAUCAGGCAAGUCCAAGCAAAGUGCUUCCAGUAGUGCUAAGAAAACAGUCAAAACCCAAGCUAAGUCAACUUCCCAAGGUCGAGGCAAAUCUAUGAUUCCUUCUCUAUCUCAUACAACUGCCUUAUCAACUACUCCCAAAAAAGAAGCCUCUUUCAUUUCAGAUUCUAAAUCCAGAAUUCCCAUCAAGGCUAGCAAGGUGGAUACCAAUAUCAAACGUGCUGAAUCUAAUCAAGAUAAAAAGCUUAAGGUCCCUGUCAAAAAGGACGCAAGGAGGAAAUCUGAGACAGACGCGGGUCCCUCUAUGGAGGUCAAAACCAAGGCGACAUCUUCAAAAGCCAAGAGCUUCUGCGAGGGGGAGUCUCCAAGGUCGUCUCCUAAAAGUGCAGAGUCAUCAAAAUCGAAAGCCUUCCAGUCCAGAUUGCCAGUUCGAGGCAAAAGUGGUCCGUCGUCUCAUUUGACAACACCUACUAAAGAGAAAAGUGAACCACGUAAACAGUCCAAUGAGUUCUUUGAAGAGAUAAGUGACGAAGCGGCCAAGCUCGUGGCGAGGUUGGCACAGGCAGAGGCGGAGAAAGAGCAAGAGGCCAUAUCCGCCCUCUCAGACGAUGAGAGCAGUCUCAUUGAUCCUUCGGUUAUAGAAAGAGAAACUUUCCCAGUGCUGCAAUUCCCUCCCUCAGGAGACAUCUUUCCCAUUAGACCACAGUGGGACGACCCUGUUGAGACACAGAUGCAGCGAAUCCCAGACGAUAAAGUCCAAAGUCAAGUAGAUCCACAGGAUGAAGCAGAGAGAAAAGAGCAACAGUUGGCCAUUGUGGCCGACCACCUGGGCUUCAGCUGGACAGAGUUGGCACGAGAAUUGGAUUUCAGUGAGGAAAGGAUCAACAUGAUAAGGAUUGAAAAUCCCAACUCACUCCAAGACCAGAGUCAUGCCCUGCUGAACCAGUGGGCAGAGAGUGAAGGACAUCACGUUGCAGCAAGAACAACUCUUAUCAAGAAACUGACAAAGAUCAACCGCAUGGACAUCGUUCACCUUAUUGAAACCACCAUGAACAGAUCCGCUCAAGACGAGACGUCUUCACAUACCUACGCAGAAAUAGAGCAAACCAUAGCUCUGGACCAUAGUGAAGGUUUCUCUGCCCUCCAUGAAGACAUUGACAGUCCCAGACCGGGCAGGCGUACGGAAGCGACGGGUAGGAGUCCAGUUUCAGGAAGAGAGGUACCUGUGGUGUCAGCAGAGGACCUAUCCUCCAGUUUGUCAUCGCUUCACGAACCCUCAGGAAGGCCUGAGACGGGCUCCAGCGCAACAGGCCGUCUGAGAAACGUCCAGAAAGACAAUCUUCAAAAGGAGAUGGAAAUCACACUCCCAUCACAAAGAAUAUACGAGGAAGUGACAGACUCUGUGCACACAGGCAGUUACAAACAAGAGAUAGCAGAGGAGCUGGGGGUGCUGUCCUCUGAUAGCUCAGAGGAAGAGGUGCUGACCACCAGGGUGGUCCGACGGAGAGUGAUCAUUCAGGCGGACGAGCUGCCGGACAUCCCACCACAGUCGGUGACCGAGGAGAAGUACACAGAUGAGCAUGGCAACAUGGUGGUGAAGAAGAUCACUCGGAAGGUGAUUCGUAAGUACGUGUCUCCGGAUGGACUUGAAACGCAGGAGGUGACGAUGGAGGGGUCCCGCCAGGAGACCCUGCAGAUAGAGGAGGGGGACGCCGUCUCCAGAGUGGUGAAGAGAACCGUCAUCCACAGCCAGGGAGAUCAGAAAGAGCUCACCUUCUCCGAGCCUCCGGCUCUCAGCGCCGCCACGGCGUCGGAGUUUGAAGCAGAGCCCGUUCAGGGCCGGAAGGUCAGCAAGGUGGUGAAGACGACGGUGGUGCGGGGCGAGAGGACGGAGAAGCAGAGAGGAGACCCCUCGCUGGCCGCAGAUCUCCCUUCAGCCCGGGACGACUUUGAGAAGGCGUUGGGUUAUGCUGGCGGCCUGGGGAAGGUGCUGCUGCCUCACAUAGUAGAGACGGACGUUGUUCAGGACGACGGCUCUGUGGUGAAAAGAAGCCAGAUGCGUAAGUCGCGGACGCAGAAGAGGACGGUGGUGAGGGACGGCCAGGGGAAACACAUGCACCUGGAGCGUCUGGACGACACCCCGGACGCCCUGCAACCUGACGCCCUGCAGCAGCACCUGCACCGACUCCUGCAGCAUUACUGUCAGGAGGAGCGGGAGGAGGAGGAGGAGGAGGAGGAGGAAGAGGAGGGGGAGGAGAGAAUCGACUGAGCAGCUGCUUCCACACCCAAGCCUUUUGUGACGUUUGCUCCCUCAGAUCCAAAUGUCCCGUCCUUCACUCUUCACGGCUCAAGUUUUUUUCUCCUUUGGUUUGUUGGAAUUGAAGCAGGAUUGUUGUGCGUUAACACUUUUCCCUUUUGCUCUGAUCAUGUGACCAAAGAAAGCAUCCAUGGCUUAUUCUUGUCGCUGUUGCCCUGUUUUUUGUUUUGAGUGAUUUUUUUUACGCUUGCAGCUGUUGUGGUGUGAUGAAGGUACAAACGGUUACACGACGGCAUCCUGGACUUUUCGCCCUCACGCAUUGGGCCUCUUCUCUGAGAACUCUUGUAAACAUUUGUAAAUAGACAACAUGAAGGGAAAACAAGCGUGGACUGGAAACAAGAUUUGAAAAAGUGAAAGCAUUUAAUACACAAGCCCACCCAGACCUGCUGUAUGUGCAACCGGCUCAGCUGGAGAACGGCCACCAUUACCCAUGAUGCAUCGCUGUGAUCUCUGCCUGAUCUCUGCCUGAUCUCUGCCUGAUCUUCUGUCUUCAUGAUUCAUCUGCAGUUUUUUUCCAGUGUGUCUUUCCAGUGUGUUGUGCAUUUCCAUCUACGGUGGCCGAGACCCGCCGUUGCUGAAAAUAAAAGUAACGCUGCAAACAGAAACAAAC